GCAUAUCUUAUCUUAUCUUAUUAUUGUUCUUAUCCUAUUAUUGUUGUAAUCUAGGAUUUCUUGGAUCCUGUAAUCUUCCUCUGCUGAGAAAACUUGACUUAAUUUGGAUUUGGAUCAAAACUCUUCUCACUAUUCAGAUAGUGAAUUAUCUCCUCUCCUCCUCUCCUUGGACUAUCUCCAAACAAACAAACAAACAACUGCUCUAACGGUAGGCAAGUGACUACUAGUUUUCUACAUGGACAAGAUCAGUGAUCUUCCGGAUGAUUUGCUCUUGCAAAUCUUGUCACUCAACCCGUCAAAAGAUGUUACGGCCACAAGUUUUUUGUCCAAAACAUGGAGUUCACUUUGGACUUUAGUUCCAGUACUUGGAUACGACGAUAGGAAUCACAAUGGUGACUACAAGCUUUUCACGCAGUUUGUUUACAAGUCUUUACUAUCAAACAACGCCCCAGUUCUACAACACCUGCAUCUGAAUCUCGGCCCUGACUGUUCCUCUGUAGAUAUUGGACAAUGGAUUAACCAUGCAGUUAGUCGUCAUCUGCAUGAGCUGCAGAUUGAUAUACGUUCGUCCAAUAAUGGUCCUUUUACUUUGCCGAGUAGUCUAUAUACCUCUGCAACACUUCAGAGACUGACACUCAUAAACUGCGUUUUUCUUGACGUUCCUGUUCACGUCCACCUCCCGUUUCUCAAAACUCUGAGCCUUAAGUUUGUCACUUACGCAAACAAAACGUCUCUACCAACGUUUUUAACCGGUUGUCCAAAUCUUGAAGACUUGUUUGUGGAACAUCGUUUUGAAAACUCACCAAUGGAUGUCAAUGUUCUGGUGCCUUCCUCACAAAGGCUACAUAUGUCCAUCAGUAAUUAUGUUGGGAAGUAUAUGCUAAAAUACAGUUCUUUGAAGUGUCUUAAAUUUGUUGGUAUGGCAAGUAGCAAGCUCCUUCAAAUUGAGAAUAUGCCUGAGCUGAUAAAGGCAAAUGUUACCUUUUGUGAAGAUACCCACAAGUUUCUGAAAGCUCUGACUUCUGUCCGUCGUCUUGAGCUAAGGAUAACACUUCCAGAGGUUGUAGAUCUUUCUAGUAUGAUCUUCCACCAGCUUGUCCAUCUAAUCUUGCAUAAAAUUGCUCAAGAAGAAUGGUGGAGCUUGUCGGCCAUGUAGACUUGUAUACAUUUGCUGAAGGUUGGUGGGAUCUAAAUUUACUUGUUUUAUCUGGUUUAAGUUAACCCCUUCACUGGGUGGUACAAAUCUUCAAGUGAGACUUCAUAUUUGGUUUAUAUCACUGAUCAAGAAUCAGAUAAGUACUUGUAAGAACCUGUAAUAAUCUCUCCCUUAAAGUUUGUAAACCUUGUAACUUGCUUCUCAUGCAUUAUCUCAGUGAACCCUUUUUUUU